AUGGUUCACCUUGCCCUGGCCUACAGGAAUUUGGUGCUGGGCAAAAUCUGGCAACACGUCCCCUUUGGCCACAGCGAAAACACACUGGUGGGUCUCAGCAGGUCAAAGGUGAUAGGACCUUUGGUGGGACCACAGGCGCACGUCAAGAGACAUGAGAAUAUGGAUUUGACCUCCACUUACAGAUAUAAUUCCUACACUAUGUCUCAAAGUUAUUUUGUGAAUGUACAAGAGAUGCACGCAGGAAAUGUAGACACACAAUGGACUCCAGCUCUACUGCUGGUAAAACAGCUUCCUGUAUUCACCAGAAAACCUGAUGCAUAUCUUCCUCCUCUGGAGAAAAUGGACUUUCACACCACUACUUGGACAAAUUGGAAGCAUCCAAAUGAAAAACUAGCCAAGAUGUAUCAAGCUUUGGCCCAGCUUAAUAAAAUUACUGAAUCAUUUAAUAGCACUUCUGUAGUAAAGGAAGACUAUAAGCCUUGGCUAUGAAAUAGACUAAAACCUAUCACUCAUGCUCCGACUUUCCCAGCAAAACCAGUAGAUCUCUUGACUACAUUUUGGACCCAUCAUGGGCCUCAUUCACUCACAGUUACAGAAAUCUAUAAACCUGUCUGCUCAGGCCCAAAGAAUGCCACUCUCCUAGAUGCCAAAGCAACCUACACUGCCAGUUACACACCAAAGGGCAUUGCUAGAUGCCUGGCCCCUUACAAAGAUCCACCAAGUUACACCUUUUAGAAAACUGAUGCUGACUGCUUGAUUUUGUUUGUAGCCUUCUUUUAA